GACCUAACUAAUAAGACAGAAAGCGGUCGGAAUGAGACUGGGUCCAUUGGGGAAAGAGGUCCAUAUGGGACAGAGAAGAAUUGCUGAAGGAGAAGUCAUGCAAUUUGAGGAGAUUUGUGAGGGGAGCUGUGAUGAUGAUAACGGUGUUAUGGCUUAGGGAUUCCCUAUGUGUGCUCCAACCCCUGGCCUCCUAGUCAUUCACGGUGCCACGCCACAAUGUUUGUCCCUUCUUUGUCUCACCUCCAGCGUGAAAAGGAGUCAGUGUCCAGCCUGCAUAGGAAGUCCUCAGUGCGGACCUACAAACUAUUUACGAUUGAAACAAUAGUGGAGCCCCUGGUACCUGCUUUCCAGGACAAUGACACCUCAUACGUCUCCACCUUUCUGUCCACUUACCGGUCCUUCGGGACCACCAAACAGGUCUUAGAGGCCCUCUUCAAAAAGUACGGAUACAAGCUCGGGAGUGAUGAAUCCCAGGACGAAAUAAAAAAUGCCAUCUCCUCCAUCCUGGGUAUGUGGUUGGACAAAUACCCAGAAGAUUUCCGUGAGCUCCCGGAUUUUCCCUGCCUCCGGCUGCUGGAAGACUACACAGGGCUCAAUAUGCCCGGAUCGGAACUACAGGAACGUGUCCGCCUUCUUUUGGCACAAAUGGAACAACUAGAGCCCACUGAGGCAGAGCCAGAGGGACCAUCACUGGAGCUACACACAACUCAAGCAUCAGCUCCAGUGGCAGCUCAGGAGCUGGAAACAGCUCCUCUGGCAGCUCCAGAACCAGCUCCAUCACCAGCCCCAGCAGUUACACCAGAGCUUGGGCCAGAGCUGUUCAAGAAGGUGGUGCCCUAUGACUGCCUAGGAUCCAUCUGGUCCCAAAGAAAGAAGAAGGGCAAUGAGCACCUGGCGCCCACCGUCCGGGCCACUGUCACACAGUUUAAUAGUGUAGUACACAGUGUCAUCACCACCUGCCUGGGGGACAGGAGCAUGAAGGCCUCAGACAGGGCCACAGUGGUGGAGCACUGGAUUGAGGUAGCCAGGGAGUGUCUGAUCCACAGGAACUUCUCCUCGCUCCAAGCUAUUCUCUCUGCUCUGCAGAGCACUUCAAUCAAUCGUUUGAAGGAAACAUGGGGAGAAGUGUCCAGCCACAGCUAUCAAACCUUUAAGAAGCUGUGUAAGAAGAAGAAGAUGUUGAUCAGGGACCUGCCCAUUAAGGGGAUCUCCAAGUUUGCCACCCUGGAGAUGAACCCCAAGAGAGCCCAGAAGGGGUAGCUACAGAGGGAGAAGGGUGUCGUCCAGUUCACCGUGCCCUACCUGGGAGUGUACCUCACAGACCUGGUGAUGCUGGACACUGCUUUACAGGAUUUCCUAGAUGGAGGUUUGGUAAACUUCCAAAAAAGGAGAAAGGAGUUUAGUGUGCUGCAGGAGAUAAAACUCCUCCAGAGGGCCUGCCAACACCACACCAUUGUGGCUCAGGAACAAUUUGAGGCCUGGUUCCAGGAAAUGGAGCGUCUCACUGAGACUGAGAGCUACAACCUGUCCUGUGAGCUGGAGCCCCGGGCACAGCUAUCCAGGAACACCCGCUUGCCCAGCAAGAAGACCUAG